AUGGCCAAGUUAUCAUGUUCUUAUUUCUUUAUACUCAUGCUUGUGUUCUCAGCUCUUUUAAUGGUUGAAUGUGAUGAGGGGAAGCGAUGCCAUACGACGAUUGACAAGGGAAAUUUUUGUGAUCUUGUCGAUUGUCGUUUAAGCUGCUUUUCUGGAUACAAUGGAGUUGGAAAAUGCUUUGACGAUCCUAAAGUUCCUGGACGUUCUAAUUGUGGUUGUCUAUACAAUUGUUAGAGGGAUUAUUUUAAAAUAAGAUUAUGUUAAAAUAAAGUUUUCCACUUUCGUGAUCGAUAUGAGUAAAAGAUAUUAGUGUUUUAGUUUUGGACGCGUUUUAA